CUUGUUUUGUCACAGAAAAGCGGAAGAAAAUUGUGUAUUUUUAAAAAAUAUUCAUUUUUGGACAUUUAAAGCUUGUUAAAAUGACAAAUAUCACUACUUAAGGACUGUUUUAUAGCACAUUACUAAGGACACUGUUGUGACUGUCUUGCACACAUAAUUAAAUAGGAAAAUAAGCUUAGACGAGAUUUAGACUGCAAAAAUGAUAGAGGGAUAUAAUGCUGUGACACAGGCUUUGUUAGGUACUCUGAUGACAUGGGGACUUACGGCUGCUGGUGCUGGACUUGUUGUUUUUCUACGCGGUAAUCAUCGCAAAACGUUGGAUGUUUCGUUGGGAUUUAGUGCUGGUGUUAUGAUAGCUGCCAGUUUUUGGAGCUUGCUUGCACCAGCUAUUGAAUUAGCCGAAAGCAGUGGAUAUUAUGGAUCCGACGGUCGCUAUGCAUUCAUUCCAGUUGCUGGUGGAUUCCUUUUUGGAGCCGUGUUCGUUUACGUUUGUGAUCGUAUAAUUACAUAUUUAGGAAUUGAUUCUGCCUCAAUGAUGAUUCAGUUGACACAAUCAAAUAAAGAUAAAGCUGAUAUACAAAUGGAUGAAUGUGCGUUAGAACAUGGAAAGCCUAUGAUUACAGUCGGGGAACUUAAUGAACAUUGCACGACAAUAGGGAUGGACAGCUUUGCUGAUUGUCUCAACAAUCAACACAGUGGACAGACAAGGAAGCGCCGAAAGAAGGAAAGCCACAUGCGUGAUCAAGAAACAUACGAAACCAAUUCACAAACUGAUUUACAAAAUCGUGUGACUCAUUGGAAGAGGAUUAUUCUUUUGAUUACUGCAGUUACUAUUCAUAAUAUACCAGAGGGACUUGCCGUCGGUGUGUCAUUCGGUGCAAUUGGAUCAUCAUCAAAAGCGACAUUUGAAGCAGCAAGAAAUUUGGCAAUCGGAAUUGGUAUACAAAAUUUUCCCGAAGGUUUAGCUGUCAGCUUGCCACUACAUGCGAGUGGAUUUUCAAUGCUUAAAAGUUUUUGGUAUGGUCAAUUAAGUGGAAUGGUAGAGCCAAUAUUUGGCGUUCUAGGUGCUGUUGCUGUCAGUUUUGCAGCUAAAAUUUUGCCAAUUGGAUUGGCAUUUGCAGCAGGCGCUAUGAUAUUCAUCGUUGCUGAUGAUAUCUUACCAGAAGCUCACUCGAGUGGUAAUGGAAUGCUUGCAACUUGGGGAUGUAUAGUUGGCUUCAUAGUUAUGAUGUGCUUAGACGUUGGACUUGGCUAAGAGCUUUAUGGACGAUUAAUUAAAUACUUUUGAUAAUUAUGACACUCUAUUUUUUCGACGAUCUACAUAGAGACCUCAUUGAAAAAAUUUGUAUGUACUUAGGUAUUUACCAGUAACUACUCUAAUUUUAAAAUUUACUAAAAACAGUGGACUGAAGGCGGUUGACUGGAAUCAAAUCCCUUAGUAUUUUUGUAAUCAAUAGCUGCUUAAUGUUUUUGAUAGGACAAUACAUAGUUUUAUCAAAACCUAGUUGAUAUCCAUUUAACCGUCCUCAGUUGACUUUAAAAUGCUUCAGAACCGUACAAAUCAAAUCAGCACUGCUAAUAACCAUUCAAUUUCACACAAUAGUAUCAUGAAAAUGUCUGAAUGUCUUACAUUUGUACGGUUUAUUGGGGACAAAGAAUUUAUGCAGUUUUCAUAGAACUUGAGCCCCAAACUGCGCGAAAAGUUAAAGAAUUUAAAAAAAAACAUUCGAAGUUUAUUUUUUAUAGAAAAAAAGAAGACAAAAUUAAAACAAAAAAUUGUUAAGUGAUUUUGCCAUUUGUUAUUGUCUGAUGAAUUUAAUUCGUUUGUUCCUCACAAUAAUAAGCCAUUCGUACAUAAUCAAAAAAAUUAAUUGAUUUAAUCUUUAAAAAAAAUC